AUGGUUUCGCCUUUUUCAGUAUUAUCCAUAUUUCUGUUCAUUACUUUUAUAGUUCACGUUGAUUCUGUUUGUGUACAAGGGCAAGUACUAACUCAAGUUACAAAAUAUGGUACCGUUGAUACACAAUGUAUAUUAAACAAUAUUAAAGUAUUACCAGGCUCUUCAUUUAAAUUAGCCUAUCCUGAUUGUUUGGAAUGUCGAUGUACCGCUAAAUCAAUGGCUUGUUGUGGAUUUGGUUAUGCUGCAGGUGUAGCGGCACCACCACCAGGAUGUGUAGCUCAUAAUGAUGCAUUACCUAGUAAUAGUCUUAUAUGUUAUGAAUGUGGAUGUGAUCAGGAUGAUACAACAACAUGUAAUUGUGAUACUACAAGUGAUAUAACUGAUAAUGAUUAUUGUGUUAUCCUGGAACAAAGAUAUGUUAGUACAACAUAUGUUCAAUUAAGUCGAAUCCCUCGCAAUUCAAGUUGGGUUUAUAUUGAAGAUCCUUAUUAUGUUCUUACACAAGAAUCUAUUAGAUAUAAUCUAACAACUAGACAAUGGUAUUUAUGGACAAGUAGUGUUGUAUUUGGAUGUGAUUGGGAUCUUUGUAAUUCUCCCAGUCUUAUCAAUUCAUUGCCUAAUUCAUUCAAGUAUAAUAUUAAUUCAACUUGGCUAAAUUCAAAUAUUUAUGGUACUGGUUCUGUUACUUCUUGUCAUCAUUGUGAUACAGAAGUAUGUGGUGAUAUAACAAAUCCGAGUGAUUUUAGUACAUGUCAAAUGGUAACUUGUAACACUAAUGUAACAUCGUGUUUAGCCUAUGAUUUAUGGAAUAAUGUUGCUACGGGUGAACAAUGUUAUCAAUCACAAUGUGCACCAGAAUAUUUGAAUGGAGCAAAUGGUGAAAUUUAUGGCGGUAAAUACAGAAUUGAUCUUGAAGCAGUUGUUUAUUUAGCAAAAGAUCGUUCAAAAUAUGAUAUUUGGGAAAUGGAUGUAUAUUGUGCAGUUAAUAAUUGUACUCGACCAACUAUUUUUCAAGAAGUAUCACAACAACUUAAACUUGAAAUUGGUGAUUUAUCGGCAUUUCCACCUAUUCGACCAUUACCAAUAUCAAAUCCUUUGAGAUGCUACAGCUGUGAUUGUUUUGAUCAGCCAACAUGUCCAUGUUCAUCAACCGUCGUAAGUUCACUUGAUUAUACUUAUUGUGUUAUUGUACGUGAAAAUUUUGGUCAACAAGCUUAUAUUUAUGCAGAUUAUCUUGAACUUGAUGCAACACUUAUGUAUAUUGAAGAAUUUCCAUAUGCACUUGUUGAAGAAUCAAUUGAUUAUAAUGAAAAAACUGGUCUAUGGUUUACUACAACAAAUUUUGUUGUUUAUGGAUGUAAUUGGAAUUAUUGUAACAAACCAGAAUAUAUACCACUUUUACCAAAUAGUUAUCAAAUGCGUCUUCCUGAAGCAUGGUUAAAUUCAAGUAUUCUAGGUAAUGGACAACCAAUUAGUAAUUGCCAUCAAUGUCCAGAACAAGCUCAUUGUGGUACAACUGAUUUUCUUGAGGAAAAUACAUGCCCAAUUCAAUCAUGUAAUACUACUUGUCUUGUUUUGGAUACUUAUGAAGAUCCAGCAUAUGAUUAUUUAUGUUAUCAAUCUUUUUGUCUUCCACCCGAUACACAAGAUUAUCAAUUAGAUCGACAUAAAGUAGAAAUUGAAGGUAUUGUUUAUGCCAGUCAACAAAAUGUUGUUCACUUAUGGGAAAUAGAUAUUUAUUGUCGAGCUAAUGACUGUUCACGUGCUGGUAUAUUUAAAGACCUUCGUGCAAACUUACGUGUAGAACCAGGUACUCUUGGUGCUUUAUUUACUGAAACACAUGAUCCAAAUAUUCCACAACGUCGAUGUUAUGAUUGCUAUUGUCAUAAUCAACCUGGUUGUAUUUGUGAAAGAACAACAAUUAUGGCCGCAAAUCAAACUUAUUGUAUGAUUAUGCGUGAAAGCUAUGGUCAAGAUGUUUGGACUUCUUUAGGACAUAUUAGUCAAGAUUCAACCCGUGUGCAUAUCCAAGACUUUCCUUAUUUACUUGUUGAAGAAUCAAUUUUAUAUGAUGAACAAAUAAACCGAUGGAAUACAAUAACAAAUUUUGUUGUUUAUGGAUGUAAUUAUGAUUUAUGUAAUCAUCCAAGUCUUGUACCAUCCAUGCCAACUAGCUUUCAAAUGCGUCUUUCAGAAGAUUGGUUAAAUAUAAAUGUUAAAGGUAAUGGACAACCAGUUCGUAAUUGUCAUGAAUGUCCCGAUGGACCCCAAUGUGGUCACAGUGAUUAUCUCGAUACAAGUCAUUGUCCUAUUAAGGAAUGUAAUACAACAUGUCUUGUCUUUGAUACAUUUGAUAAACCAAAUGAUGAUUUACAAUGUUAUCAAUCAUUUUGUGCUCCAGCUGAUUCCGAUGAUUUUCAUAUUGAUACACAUCGAGUGGAAAUUGAAGGUUUACUAUAUCUUAAUAAAAAACCAUAUACUUUUGAAUUAUGGGAAGUUGAUAUUUAUUGUCGCGCUGAUGAUUGUUCUCGACCAGAAAUAUUCACUGAACUUAAGAAUAACCUCACUUACGAAUACGGUGAUUUAAGUCCUUUUGAACCGCAAACAUCAACAAGUUCGCAGUCCACAAAUAAUCCACCAACAACCACAUCGUCUACAAAUAAUCCACCGACGACCGCAUCGUCUACAAAUAAUCCACCAACUACAUCAACUACACCAUCAAAGGCAUCACUCUUAUCAGGUGCCAGUUCAUUCAUAGCAUUACGCUUAACAAUGGUGGCAAAUCAUUGGAUAUUUCUUCUACUAGUACUAUGGGCAGUGCCAAGUACUAGUCUUGUUUGUCAAGAAUGUUUCUGUUCGUUGGCUAAUAUAGGUGCAUGUGAUUGUUCUCCUACGGUUACUGCUCCAGAUGGUUCUCACUGUCUCGUCAUCGAAGAUUUACAUCCAGAAAAUCCAUACGUACAAUUAGCAUAUGCUGAAACUAAUUCAUCGUAUGUACGAAUAAAAGAUACUUAUUAUAUUAUUGUGGAUGAAUCAAUUUAUUUAAACGAAACAACAGAAACAUGGAAUAUAAAAACAAAACGUGUUGUACAUGGAUGCGAUUGGGAUAAUUGUAAUCAAUUUUCUUUAUAUCAAGCUUUACCUGAUACAUUUAAAUUAACUAUAAGUAAUGCAUGGCUAAAUGAAAAUAUUUAUGGCAAUGGAUCAAUUACUGAAUGUAAUACUUGCUCAAAUCAGACUUGUGGAAUCAACAUUGAGCAUAAUUUAUGUCCAAUUACUACUUGUGAAAAUUCGACAAGAUGUUCAAUGUAUAAUUUAUGGCAUGAUGUUGAUACAGGUGAAUCAUGUUAUGAAUCACGAUGUGCAUUGCCAGAAUUUUCAGAUGAAUAUAAUGAAGAUAAUGAGAAAUAUCAAGUUCAAAUAGAAGCUAUUGUUUAUUUAGCACAAGAUCGUUCAAAAUUCGAUAUCUGGCAAUUGGAUAUUAAUUGUGCUGUAGAGAAUUGCACACGUCCAAAUAUUUUUCUCGAAAUAAAGGACCAAAUUUCGGGUAACGUCAGUGUUCAACCCAUUUUCCCAGCAAUUCGUCCUACCACAACAGUACCACCUGUAACAACGCCAACACCUCCACCAGCUCAUCCAAUUAGAUGUUAUAAAUGUGAAUGUUCUAGUUCAACAUGCCCAUGCUUAAGUACUGAAACAAGUUCAGCAGACACUACUUAUUGUACAAUUAAGCGUUAUGAUAUUGGACAAUCUGUAUCUGUCGAAUAUGGACAUGUUGAUAUGGAUUCGACUCUUGUUGAGAUUAUUGAAUUUCCAUAUGUAUUAGUUGAAGAAUCAAUUAUGUAUGAUGAAGCAACAGGACGAUGGAACACUCACCCUAAUGCUGUUAUUUAUGGAUGUAAUUGGGAUUUGUGUAAUAGUCCGAAUAUUCUUGCUUAUAUGCCAAAUAGUUUUCAAAUGCGUCUUCCAGAAGAUUGGUUAAAUACAACUGUUAAAGGUUCUGGACAACCAGUUCGUGAUUGUCAUCAAUGUCCAGAUGCACCUCAAUGUGGUCACGGCGAAUUUCUUGAUGCAAGUCGAUGUCCUAUUCAAGCAUGUAAUACAACAUGUCUUGUUUCUGAUAAAUAUAAUAGACCAGAUGAUGAUUUACAAUGUUAUCAAUCAUUUUGUGCUCCACCUGCAUCGGAUGAUCUUCUUCCUAUUGAUACACAUCGUAUAGAAAUCGAAGGUGUUAUUUAUUACAGUCGUCCAAAAGAUGUUGAAAUAUGGGAAAUUGAUGUAUUUUGUCGUGCUGAUAAUUGUUCAGAUCCCCAACUAUUUAAUGAACUUCGAAAAAAUCUUGUUUUAGUACCAGGUGAUUUAGCACUUAUAUUUAAUCAAACACGUGAAGAACGACCACUUCGAUGCUUUGAUUGUACUUGUGUAGAUGAACAAGAUUGUACUUGUGAUACAAUAUCCAUAGAAAAUUCACGAACAACUUAUUGUACAAUUUCACGUAAUUAUGAUGGUGAACAUGUAUAUGUAUAUUUUCAACAUAUGCCAAUUACUACACCUAUUUCAGAUGUACGUGAAAUUCCAUAUGUUCUUGCUGAAGAAUCAAUUUUAUACAAUGAUACAACAAAUAAAUGGUAUACAAGAACAAACGAAAUUACAUACGGAUGUGACUGGGAUUAUUGUAACAAACCAUCUCUACUUUCAUUUUUACCAACAAGUGUACAAAUGACACUUCCAGACGCAUGGUUAACUUCAAACAUAAUAGGUAUUGAAGGGGAACCACUUAAUUGUCAUGAAUGUACUGAUAAUUCGAUAUGCUCUACAAAUGGUAGUAUUAAUAUUAGUUCGUGUCCGGUACAAGCCUGCAAUACAACCUGCUUUGUUUCUAGUGUAUAUCACAAUCCAGCAAUUAAUCAACAAUGUUACCUAUCAUAUUGUGUUCCAGAAAAUAAUAAUACAGAAUUGGGCUAUGACAAAUACCGUGUAGAACUUCAAGGUAUCAUAUAUCCUAGUCAACCUACAACUGUUGAGUUAUGGGAAGUAUAUGCUUAUUGUGGAACUGAUAGUUGUUCACGUCCAGAAAUUUUCGAAGAUAUUAAACAACAACUUAAUACGACAACAAAUAAUCUUCCAUCUUUGUUCGAUAAUACUGGUGUAGGCGAGCCAGGUAAACUUCAUUGUUAUCAGUGCGCUUGUCAUGAUGAUCCUGUUUGUGCAUGUAAUAAAACCUUAGCAUUACCUGAUAAUAUGACUUACUGUACUAUUAUUCGUCUCUACGAUGGACAAAAUAGUUUAAUCGAAUUAGAACAUGUUGAUAUAAAUUCGACUUAUGUGCAUAUUCAAGAAUUUCCUUUUAUGCUUGUUGAUGAAUCGAUUACAUUUAAUGAAGCUACUAGUACAUGGAAUACUUUACCAUAUUUAAUUGUUUAUGGAUGUAAUACAGAUUUUUGUAAUGAUCCUCGUCUUGUACCAUCUCUUCCAGUUAACUUUCGAAUGCGUCUUCCAGAAGAUUGGUUAAAUACAAAUGUUAAAGGUACUGGACAACCAGUUCGUGAUUGUCAUGAAUGUCCUGAAGCAGCUCAAUGUGGUCACACUGAUUUUCUUGAUGCAAGUCGAUGUCCUAUUCGAGCAUGUAAUACAACAUGUCUUGUUUCUGAUAAAUUUGAUAAACCAAAUGAUGAUUUACAAUGUUAUCAAUCUUAUUGUAUUGCACCAAGUGCUGAUGAACCUAUUAAUACACAUCGAGUGGAAAUCGAAGGUAUAUUAUAUGGUAAUCGUCCAAAUGCUGAAAUUGAACUGUGGGAAGUUGAUCUUUAUUGUCGAGCUGAUGAUUGUUCUCGACCAGAAAUAUUUAAAGAACUUGAAGACAAACUCACAGUAGAAACAGGUGAUCUUUCACCAUUCUUUAAUAUAACCACCGUAACAAUAUGCCCACCUGUUGAAGCACAACUAGCAUGUUAUGAAUGUGCAUGUUAUGAUGAUCCUAUCUGUGAAUGUAAUACAGUUAAAGUAGCUGGUGCUGAUUCAACAUAUUGUACAAUUAUACGUGUAAACUAUGAAAACCAUUUUACCAUUGAUUUAGAACAUAUUGACCGAAAUUCAACUUUUGUUUAUAUACGUGACUUUCCUUUUAUACUUGCAGAAGAAUCAAUACUUUAUAAUGAAACUACUACACAAUGGCGGACUCAAAGUAAUAUUAUAAUUUAUGGAUGUAAUACAAAUUUAUGUAAUCAUCCAAGUCUUGUUAAAUUAGUUCCAGAUAGUUUCAAAAUGACAUUAAGUAAUGAAUGGUUGAAUAAAAAUGUUUUAGGUUCUGGACUACCAGUCCGUGAUUGUCAUGAAUGUCCAGAUGCACCUCAAUGUGGUCACGGUGAUUUUCUUGAUGCAAGUCGAUGUCCUAUUCAUGAAUGUAAUACCACGUGUGUUGUUUCUGAUAUAUUUAAUGAUCCAGAAGAUGAUUUACAGUGUUAUCAAUCUUAUUGCAAUGCACCUUAUAUAGAUAAUGAUAAUGAAGAUCAUCAUCGUGUAGAAUUAGAAGGUAUUAUUUAUGGACAUAAGCAAGAUGCACUUGAAUUAUGGGAAGUUGAUAUCUAUUGUCGUGCUGAUGAUUGUUCACGACCAGAAAUAUUCAAAGAACUUCGAGAAAAUAUAACAGUAUCAACAAGUAAUUUAACAGAACUUUUCAACGUUUCUAUGAACGGACUUGAACCUCAACGUAUCUGUUAUGAUUGUUAUUGUGAUGAUGAAUCCGGUUGUGCAUGCGACACAUAUACAGUGGGUGAUGCUAAAUCAACUUAUUGUAUACUUAUGCGAGAGAACUAUGGGGAUUAUUCUUUCAUUACUUUAGGACAUAUUGAUCGAAAUUCAACACGUGUUUAUAUUCAAGAAUUUCCAUUUUUACUUGUUGAAGAAUCAAUUCUUUAUGAUGACAAUAGAACGACAUGGAAUACAAGAACUAACCUUGUUCUUUAUGGUUGUAAUACAGAUUUAUGUAAUCACCCGGGAUAUUUACCAUAUCUUCCUGCUAGUUUUCAAAUGCGUCUUCCUGAAAGUUGGUUAAAUACAAAUGUUUUAGGUAAUGGACAACCAAUUGAUGCUUGUCAUGAAUGUCCAGAAGCACCUUCAUGUGGUAACCUUGAUUUUAUUGAUUCAAGUCGAUGUCCUAUUAAGGAAUGUAAUACUACGUGUGUUGUUUCGGAUUUGUUCAAUAAACCUAAUGAUGAUGAGCAAUGUUAUCAAUCAUUUUGUGCUCCACCUGAUUCAGAAUUUUUUCAAAUAGAUCCUCAUCGAGUUGAAAUGGAAGGAAUUUUAUAUUUAUAUCCAAUGGGACGUCCAGUUGAAUUAUGGGAAAUUGAUAUAUUCUGCCGUGCUAAUGAUUGUUCACGACCAACAGUAUUCGAUGAAAUUAGACAACAGUUUACUGUAACAAUAGGUGAUAUCGGCAUCUUUUAUACAAACUGUACACCAGUGAUGCCUAGUACUACGACUACGACUACGACCACACAAUCAACAACUAGAACAUCUACCAGUUCAAUUUCAACAACUUCUAGUACCACUCGAUCGACUGGUACUACCACUUCAUCAACUGGUACUACCACUAGACCAACUGGUAGCACCACUUCACCGACUGGUACUACCGCUUCAUCGGCUGGUACCACUCGUUCAUCAGCUGGUAGCACUGCUUCAACGACUUCAACAACAAGUCAACCAGCUACCACAUCUUUUAGUACAUCAGUCUAUACAGGACAUAGUAUUCUUGUUUUAAUUUUCUUUGCAAUUUCUCUAAUGAACCUAUAUUAA